AUGGCAUCCACUACAGUCGCCACCACCCCGGAUUCGAAGCCGCAGGUCGACUUUCUACACCAUCCGUACACCCGAGCUGCUCUGCCCUUUGUCAAUGGUGGCCUGGCCGGCAUGACUGCCACUGCAGUCAUCCAGCCCAUCGACAUGAUCAAGGUGCGUCUACAAUUAGCCGGCGAGGGUGUUCGCUCCGGCCCUCGUCCAUCUGCGCUUGGCGUCGCUCGCGAUAUCAUCGCUUCCGGCAAGGUUCUCGAUCUCUACACCGGCCUGUCCGCGGGUCUGCUGCGUCAGGCCGUCUACACAACCGCCCGUCUUGGCUUCUUCGACACCUUCAUCAAGACCCUCAACAAGAACGCCGAAGCCGCCAACCGUCAAGUCACAUUCGCCGAGCGCGCCGGCGCCGGUCUGACGGCCGGUGGUGUCGCCGCCAUGAUCGGGAAUCCGGCAGACCUGGCUCUGGUGCGUAUGCAGUCGGACGGUCUCAAACCCCCGGAGGCCCGCGCCAAUUACCGCUCCGUUGUCGACGCGCUGCUGCGCAUUUCGAAAAGCGAAGGCGUCCUGGCCCUGUGGUCGGGGGCCUUCCCCACCGUGGUGCGCGCCAUGGCUCUCAAUGUGGGCCAGCUGACCUUCUUCGCGGAGUCGAAAGCCCAGCUGAAGGCGCGCACCAGCCUCUCCGCGCAGAACCAGACGUUCGCCGCCUCCGCCAUCGCUGGCUUCUUCGCCAGUUUCCUCUCGCUGCCCUUCGACUUCAUCAAGACGCGUCUGCAGAAGCAGCAGAAGGACCCUAAGACCGGCCAGCUGCCGUACAAGGGUCUCUUUAACUGCGCGCGCAAGGUGGUCAAGGAGGAGGGAUGGUUGCGGUUCUAUCGUGGAUUCGGCACGUACUACGUGCGGAUCGCACCCCAUGCCAUGGUUACGCUUAUCGUCGCCGAUUAUCUGAACCUCAUCACCAAAUAG